UAAAGAAUAUGAGAUAAUAAAAUAAUUGUUUUGCACAGAACUCCAUAUUACCAUCAAACAGCCACGUAAUGCUGAUUGGCUUAGUGAAUGGAAGUUUCAUUUACAACACAAUGGGAGACAAGAUACACCCGAUUGGUAAAUACCACAAUGAUGUCAAGUACUCAGAUAUGUAUGAAUGGUUCAACUGCAUGAGGAUAGGACCUUGCUAUGGAUGGAUGAACAAGAACGAAACUAUCAGGCAAGCCACUACUCAGAGAUCUGUUGAAUUGACAGAAGUUCUUAAAGAUAUUGCAGCAACAAAGAAGUAUGACAACUUCAAAAUUCAUUUUCUCAGAAAUCCAAUGGUACAAGUGAUAGAGCAGUGGGAAAAAGAAGGACACGAACUGUGGAAAUUUUUAGAGCCAGUAGACAGUCUUCAUCCCGUGCAGGUAAAAAUAUAACAAAUAAAAAUUGGCAGGUGACAAAGUAAAGUAUGCACUAUAAACAUAUAUAAAUAUUUUCAUACAAAUGAUGUCAAUACAGUUGAAUUAAAUCAGUCAUGAUAGAUUAUGGAAACAGGUAGAAUUAGUUCAUAGUUAUAUGAUUGGGAUGAGCUCAUGAGCAGCUUUAUUGUCCUUGAUUACGAUCACU